UUCCCUCGGCUCCUUCGUCCGUCCGGCCCCCCACGCCGGCAGCGCAGUUACUCCCCCUCCCUCGCCAUCCAUCCAUCCGCCUCCGCACUCCGCGCCAAACCCACACUCUCCCAGUCUCCCAGCCGUGCGCUGCGCAGUGCAUGCCCCCGCGUCGCCAGUGCAGCCCACUGCGAAAACCGGGCAGAAGCAUUACCGCCACGCCGUAUUUAAUCGUCGGCGACGCACGCGGCCCUGCGCGCAGGAUGCUCUUUGCCUGCCCCUGCCCGCUGCUGUUCACCGCUGCUCGUAUAACGCGCGGUCAGCAGCAUCUGGAUCGAUGCGUUGAUUGCGUGCGAUGAUGUGGUUGUGGCUACCUAGGUGGCAACAGUGAUACUAGCUUGCGGCUAGGCACGCCGGCGCCGGGAUCCAUGACAGGUCAGGAAGAAACGAUGGAGCAGGCGGGAGGGGUGGUGACCGAAGGGCAAGAACCGACCGACGACAACGACGACGCCAAGAACGGCGAAGUGGAGGCCGCGGUCUCGCCGGCGUGUGCGCCUAAGGCCGCCGCCGCCAUGCCCCCUUCCUUGCCGCGCCACCGGCGGUCCAAGAGUGCAUCUUCUGACAGGAACGCGGAGGCGUGCAAGCAUGGACCACCGCAUGGGCAUGGCGCCGUCGAGCAACGCUGCGGCCAAGCACCGUCUGCCAUCUCUCCCUGCUCGUCCAAGAACCCGACGGACGCGAGGAGGUCUUGCGCGACCACCGCCGGAGGCUCGGUUCACCAGGCGCCGCGAGAUCACAGGCCCAACGCGUCGCCGAACCACCGCGUGUCGCUGGAGAAUGAUGUUAGGCAGCUGCAGCUGAAUUUGCAUCAGGAGAGGUCCAUGAGGGUCAUGCUUGAUCGGGCGAUUGGCCGGGCAUCAAGCACUCUAUCUCCUGGCCAUAGGCAUUUCCCAGCCCAGACAAAGGAACUGAUAGCAGAGAUUGAAUUGCUCGAGGAGGAAAUCGCCAACCGUGAGCAGCACGUUCUUACUCUCUACAGAAGCAUCUUUGAUCAGUGCAUGUCCGGGCCAUCGUCGGGGCAGAGCUCUGGUAUUUCGUCCCCCGCACACACCAAGAAUAUCACUACUAGAACUGCUAGAAGGCAGCCAAGCAUAAUAUCAAGUGCAUUUUGCUCAUCCAAGAAGCUCCCACUACAGCCUUUCCACAUCAUGGAGUCGCUGUCCGAGUCGGGAAGAACCAAGAAUAUGCUCAAGGCCAAGAUCAAGCAUCAAUCUUUCUCAAGCGAAACAUUGGAUAUCCAUCCUAUAUCGUUCCCACCAGAUCCGAAAAAGCUACCUUAUUCGGGGAGUAGUUCUCUGGCUCGCACUCUGAAAGAUCACCUUUAUCAAUGCCCAAGCAAAAUAUCAGAAGAAAUGGUCAGAUGUAUGGCCUCCAUAUACUAUCUUCUGCGCACCGAAGCACCAGAAAAGCCUGAAAAGGCCCGUUCACCAUUCUUGUCAAGAUCAUCGACGAAUGUCAUACUUCCUCGGAGAGUGAACGGGGAGGAAAAUAGUUCAUCAAACAACAAAUGUACUGUGGAAAUAGCUUCCAUAUCAGUUGACAAGAACCAGAUGCCAGAUGUUUCUUAUGCGAUUACUCACUACAGGUUGCUUGUGGAGCAGCUUGAAAGGGUUGAUCUGAGCAUGUCAGAUUACAGUAUUAAAUUGGCCUUCUGGAUUAAUGUGUACAAUUCUCUUAUCAUGCAUGCGUAUCUGGCAUACGGAAUUCCAAACAGCUCGCUGAAAAGAAUGGCGCUAUUUCACAAGGCUGCCUACAAUAUUGGAGGUCAUGCCGUUACCGCCAAUUCCAUUGAACACGCCUUGCUGUGCUUCAAAUCUCCACGGAUUGGUCGUUGGUUCGAGUCCAUUCUCUCGACGGCGAUGCGGAAGAAAUGCGCGGACGAGAAGCAGCUGGUCCAGCUCAAGUUCGGCCUGCCGGACUGCCAGCCUCUGGCCCUUUUCGCCCUGUGCACCGGCGCUUCGUCUGACCCCAUGCUGCGGGUGUACACGGCCAAGAACGUGAUGGAGGAGCUGGAGCGCGCCAAGCGGGAGUUCCUGCAGGCCACGGUGGUGGCGCGUAAGUCCAAGAAGAAGGUGUUCCUGCCGCGCCUCGUCGAGCGGUACGCCCGGGAGGCGUGCCUGGGCCCCGACGACGUCCUCCUCUGGGCGCAGCGCGAGGGGGGCGUCGCCGCCGCCGCCGACGGCCGACCGCAGCAGGACGCCGCCCAGCGGGGCGCGGGGAGCCGGCGAAAGGCCGCGCAGGCCGUCGAGUGGCUGCCGUACGCCGCCAGGUUCCGGUACGCCUUCCCCAGGACCAUGGUCGACAAGCCGCACUGCUAGUAGAUUCUUCUUCGCCUCGCGCGGACGCACGCCGUCAGUCGCAUCGCAGGCGGCCAGGCGAUGCCGAUUCAGCAGGAGGAACACACGUUUGGUCGCUGUGAUGCGGCGAUAGCUGAUGGGCGGGUGUAAUUCAUGUAACGUUGAUGCUGCAUUGUUGUGGUUUGGAUCAUUGAAAUGCAAUGAUACGCGUGAACUGGUGCUACCAAGGAUGGGACGAAGGUUGUCUAGUUGUUGUGCCAAAAGUGUACUCCACAGGAGAGGUUGGUUGACCACUG